CAACAUUUCUUUAACUUCGGAGAAACCCUAAUAGUGGUUGAUCCCAGGCCAUCGACUACUACCGCCGGAGGCAUGUCUAUGCUCGAUGAUCGGACCCUUUCCCUUUGGGUCAAUUACUUUAAGGGAAACAGGUUUAGCAGAUACGGAAUCGAAUAUAUGAAGAAGCUGGUUGAUAUUGAGAUCAACCCUGAGUUUAUGUUGCAAAUGCAAAGGAGAUGGGACACUCGUACUCACACAUUUCGAUUUGGGAAUCAUGAGAUGUGUCCAACAAUUGAAGAGUUCAAGGCAAUCCUCGGGAUACCGGAUGAAAGACAAAUCUUACAUUUUAAAUGGCUUGAUUCAAUAAAGCCAGUAUUGAAGAAAGAAUUUGGGUUCACGAAGCAUAUUAUGAAGAGGAUUACAAAGCAUCACGCGCUAGACUUGAUGGAGUUGAGCAAGGAAGUCAUGAGUGGAAUUUACAUCCCGGAAAAUGAGAGAACGCAACUAUUAACUAUAGUCAUCAUCCUGGCUCAUUACUUGCUAUCCCCUGAAGAUAACAAACCAUCAAAUUAUGUCUUAAAAGUGGCGAUUGAACUGACUAAUAGGAAUAAAGAUCCAAGUGCAAUCAUACUUGCAGAAACUCUCAUGGGGCUUGACAAAUCUAUGGGUAAGAAGGAGAUUCUGAAACAGGGUAGUCCACUCCUAUUGCAGAUUUGGUUGUUGGACAAGAUGGGAGUUUUACAGCCACCCCCGCCAUCAAUAAAAUGGAUGUCUCCAUUAAUGCAGAUGGAACGCCUCUUGAAAGUUCAGAAAAUUGAUUUGGUGAAGUCUUUUGAUGAUGAUGACACUCCUCAGAUGAUUAGGUGCACGAUGCCUUGGUAUGGCAUUAAGAAGAUGGCAUACUCUAUGGAGGGGAUACCGAUCAUCUUCUUGCUAGGCCUAAAUGAGACCACCUUUUAUAUUCCUGGGCGCAUACCACAGCAGUUUGGGUUAUCAUUGGUGCCACUCAUGCCAACAGGAGCAAUUAUACACGUACCCAAGUUUACACAAUCCCUGCACAAUAACUUUCCAGAGAAAUGGAAGAGCAUUCAACGAAUGUCAAUCAUCGAUCAUGAAGAUGAAGAUGACGAAGAGGACCUGAUGUCAGAAAUUCUUAAUUCUUAAACGCCAAGAUUGUGCCAUUUCUAAGCUUCCAAUACAGGGACCUUUCCUUUUGUGAACCAGUCAAAAUGAUGCAACCCCUUCACUUCAAUAAUAGCUGGAUUCAAAGGGUGCAAGGAGAACCAAGCUUGCAUAGGAGAGUAAGUCUUCCUGUCUGUGAUUACGUGCACUACUAUUUUGUUAGGAUUCAGACAAUUUUGAACAAGAGAUUUCGCCACAACAGAGGCUGCUAAAACGUUGUCCGAAGCAAAUACAAAGUGGAAGAGAGAGUUAUCAACAAGAGAAGGAACGUAUUGGGCUGACGGGAGCUGGAGACGAGCGUUUGCGUUUGUGGAAUGCUCAUCAGCUAGCUUUAGAGCAAGACAAUGCAACUGCUUUGGAAUGCUGCUGGAUGCUACGUGUCGAUAUAGGUACUCUUGAAUUUUGGCUUUUCUUGUAUUCUGUUCAAGUUGAGUUACCAUAUCUCUUAGCCUGCUAGCAAAUGUUUUAGCGUCCGCUCUUUCCUUUUUCAUUUCCUCCACGAAGUCCUCCAAUGUCUGCGGCGUUUCAUUAUCAUUAUCACUUGCGGGUUCCUCUAGAAUUUGAUAUAUUACUUCUGGGACUGUAGCAAUAUCAGAAUUUUGACGACCCUUUAAGUAAUUUAUCGGAAAAAGUUUAGUUUUCUUCUUCCCUAGGCAUCCUGUAGAACAAAGUUUCAAGAAACUCAAACUUAUACGAAUGAAGAUAAAUUUUACCAAACUAAGAAUGAAAUACAUACCAAGAGUUGAACAUCUUGUUUGGCCAUCUAUGUUAUCAACGGAGGUUAACACGAACAAGAAACGAAUAAGAAAAGUGAAGAAGAUCAGGGAAUAGAAGAUCAUAGGAUAGGAAACCUUCCUGGAGGCAACUUUAACUUUGAUGAAUUCUUUAACACCUUUUGUGGGGAGAAGAGUGACAUGUCUUAAACUUGGAGAUAUGUGAAGCUGCAUUUUGUGUUAGCAUAGGAUGAUGAACUGGAUGAGAGUUGUCUUCUUCUUCUUCUUCUUCUGGGAAUUGAAGCCAAAUAAGGAAGGAAUUGAAUUGAGUUUCAAAUGGUAGGGGAAAGGGUUGCUAUCAGUCACCUAAUUAAGCUUGCUUAGCAUCUGGUUUAUUGUGUUCAAGAAGUCCUCUAUCCUCUCAUAAGUUGUGAUUUCUCUCUUUUUUUCUGCUUAAAGUUUUUUUCCUGAGGAAAAAGACUUGAACUUGCUUGAGAAGAACAUGUGUUAGUUAACUUGGCAGUUCUUACAUUCAUAUAAUAUAAAAAGGGGUUUGCUUU